AACCAGAUCGCUCGGGAGGCGGAGGCGAGGCUGGCGGCGAAGCGAGCGGCGAGAGCCGAGGCCCGAGAGAUCCGGAUGAAGGAGCUGGAGAGACAACAGAAAGAGAUUUCAGAUGAUGAGGAGAGAAUGUCUGUGGGCAGCAGAGGAAGCUUCAACUCCGGCUGAAGAAACUACUAGAAGAAAGAGAGAGUUUACACGAUCAGGUGAGGCUGUUAAAGUCUCAGCUGGAUCAGAGACAGAAGAACGGGACCGACGGGGUCCAGAAUCCAGAGGGGGGCAGUCUGGAGAACGGGAUGGACGCUCAUCUUCUGGACCUACAGAGAGACGCCAACAGACAAAUGAGUGAGCUCAAGUUCAAACUGGUGAAAUCUGAACAGGAAGUCACCACCCUGGAACAAAAUGUGAUCCGACUGGAAGGUCAGGUAACUCGAUACAAGUCGGCAUCAGAAAAUGCUGAGAAGGUUGAAGACGAGCUGAAAGUGGAGAAGAGAAAACUCCAGAGAGAGCUCCGCUCGGCUCUGGACCGGAUCGACGAGCUGGAGGCCAGUAACAGCCACCUGUCCAAACGCCUGGAGAAAAUGAAGGCCAACCGGAAUGCCCUGCUGGCCCAGCAGUGACAUUCCACAUCCUUCAGUGAACUGUUUGUGUUUUCAUCAUGACAAUCAGCGCUUGUUUUUACUCUGCAUGCAGCACCGGACGGGUGGUGUUAAAUGAUCUGAAAACAAACUAAAAGCAUGGCAUCUGAAGAGACAGAGAGCGAUGUGUGAAAGAUCCAUCAAUCAAUCAAUCAGUCGAUCGAUCAAUCAUGCACAUGGUUACACACCUGUAGCUCCAUGAUCCCGGUGCCGUGAACACAGCCAACGUCUGCACGGGUGGAGUUUAUCACCCAUCCUUCUGCCCUUUACUGAAUUUGAAAACUUCUUCUCAACACAUUUUCUGAAAAUCUUUUGGUUUUGAGAAAAAUCUGCAUUCACAUCUCCUCAGUGUGUUGAUUUCUAUAGUUUUUGUGUUCAAACCUUUGAAUUUCCCUCCAGGACUUUGCUGCUUUUCAAAAAAACCUGUGAAAAUAUAUAAAAUAUAUACAAUAAAUACAAUACAUUGAAAUAAUUAAUUUAAAAUAAAACUCAACUUGUUCCAGUGAAAAUAAAAUGGAACGUUUCCGUUGUCAUAACAAGAAACAGUGAGGUGAGUUUGGUGACGUACGACUCAGCGAUGCACAGGAAAUUAGUGAUUGGUUGAAUUUGUGUUAAUUAUUGAGGAACUGGUUAAUUAUUAGUUUGUUCCCAUGAACAGCAGCAAAACCUGAAAGAUAUGAAACCACCCAUUUUCUAACUGCUCCGUUAUCAAUAACAAGAUAUUGGUCUCAGGGUCGGGAUGAAAUAUAUCAAUAUAACAAUAUACAAUGCGUCUGUGACUCUGUAUAGUAUAUCUUCCUGGUGUGGUAAACAACACCCGUCUGGCCCUCCAGCUGUGUUAAAACAAACACUACAUCUGCCUCAUCAACAUUGAGCUGCUCCAUCUGCUAACGUGUGGCACCACCUCUCCCCCGCCACUCGGGGGCGCCGUUCCCUCAAAGAUCCACUACAGCAGAGAGGUCGGAUCGGAUCAAAGGGGGUCGGACUGGAUCAAAGGGGGUCGGACUUGAUCAAAGGGGGUCGGAUCGGAUCAAAGGGGGUCAGAUCGGAUCAAAGGGGGUCGGACUGGCAGCAGUUUUUAACUUUCUUUUGGUUCUCGUGGUUUUAUUUUAUGUUUCCUGUGUAAGGCACUUUCGGUGUUGGGUUCGGUGUUGGGUUCGGUGUGGGGCUGGAGGUUGAGGCACUGACUGUAGAUCAGUUCAUUAGACCAGAACAAACAGCCCCGCCUACCAUGUUCCCAUGAGGGUGUUCAGGUAACUGAAGGGGGCGUGGCCAUGUGUGUCCAUGUAUGUACAGAAAAGGUAGAGACUCACCUGACUCAUGUUAUUUUCUUUCAUGGCUCUCGGGAUGUUCAAUCACCAGCUUGUAAAUGUCUGAUCUUCAUGUCUGUAAAUUGAGUGAAUGAAUGAAGAGUUUGGUUCCAGAGCAACAUAUUGAUCCCUGUGAUUGAUUAUUAUCAAUUGAUCAAUUCGGACUCAUGAAGGGGAAACAGUGAAGUGGACAGUUGGACGUCUUCCUGUCGCCAGUUAAACACUGCUGAUUCUUUUCUUGUUGCUGUAAAAGUUCUGGAGUCAAACUCUUCGUGUAUUUAUCAGUAAUGUAUCGCAAUAACACCGUCGUUCAUGAAUGUAAGAAUGUGAGCACUGACAACAAUGGCGGCAAUAUCGACAACUUCUUCAUCUUCAGGUGGCGGGAACUGGACCAAUGUCGGCGUGGUAACGGGACAUCGGCGUGGUGGCGGUGAUGAAGAUGUCUUCGGCUGAGUUGUUUGAGGUGAACAUUGCUUGGUGGAUGACUUUAAUGUAUCUGUCCUAUUGAUUAGGAUGUGGGAUCAAUAUAUAUCAACAUGUAGCGGCUCAGUGGGGUUUUAUUGAUCAGUGUGACGACUGUAAUAAAUUCAUCAAUAUCUCA